AGCGGUGAGCAGUUCAAGCCGGCAAUGGGGGGCCCUGGACGACCAGCCGGGCCAUUGAGGCCUUCGCAUGCAACCCUUCCGUUUUCACGUCGCACCAGAGAAAGAUGAUGAGGACGAGGAGCGUGAGACUCCGAUCACUGCAGAGGAGGCAGCCAAGAUUAUCCAAAACCACUGGAGAAAAUCUGGCACUUCACGAGCUAUUAAGCGAAGCCUGUCGACCCAGAAGUCGUGCAGAAUUCCCCCGAUUGAUCCGGACAGGCCCUUCUACACUCACACACUUGGCCUUACUUUCGUCUCACAUGCUCAGAAGAGGAUGGAGGAGGAAACAAGGCCUCAAGCACAGAAGAUUUUUCUUCUACUCAGUGAGCCUAACAGCUCUUCAGCAGCUCAGUUAGUGUCACUUGUGAUUAUGACCUUCACAAUUAUUUCCAUUUGUGGCUUUGUUCUGGAAACAGAUCGGGAGCUAUACGAGAUGAGCCCAGAUUUUUGGCUUGCCCUGGAGGUAGUGUGCACUGUGGUAUUUACAGCUGAGUACCUGACCCUUUCGUUGACAUGUCGUGCCGCGGGUAUUUCUUUAGUUAACUUCUUUCUGGCACCCAGAAGCAUAGCCGAGCUUGUGGCCUUACUUCCCUUUUAUGUCGAAGUCAUUCUACGCUCUGUCGGUUUUACCGAAACUGCAGUACUGAAAGCUUUCAGGGUGGUUCGGCUGAUUCGAGUGCUGAGAGUUUUCAAGCUAGGUCGAUAUGCGGCUGGCCUGCAAAUAAUGUGGAAGGCGGUGGUUGAUUCUAGGCAAGCUAUAUCGGUGCUUCUUUUCCUCCUCUGUACUGGAGUGGUGUUGUUCUCAAGUACCCUCUAUUUUUUGGAGAGGCUCAGCUGUCCUCUGCGCGAGCAGAUGACCGACAAUGAGCUGGAAACUUAUCUCAGAGAAUGCUCUGAUAUUUUCAACCGCGGAGUCUCUCCGGCUCAUGGACUUUGCUGCACCGAGGACAACUCACCGGUGGACUUUCCAAGUAUUAUCGCUGCCUGUUGGUGGGCAGUCGUGACUUUGACCUCACUAGGAUAUGGAGACCUGUACCCGAAGACGGUGCAGGGCAAGUGCGUAGGAAUGUUGGCUAUGAUCGCUGGCUUGCUGCUAAUAGCGCUGCCGAUCGCUAUUAUAAGCCAAAAAUUUCAGGAUAUAUAUGAGGUCAAUGACAAGGAGGAAGCAAAAUAUCGAGCUGCUCAAAGGAUGAAAGGUGCCCCACAUGAAACCUGGACUUUGAUACCAGGGUCUGAUGUCAUGCGGAGGCUCAAGGGUCUCUCCAUAAAGGAUGCCGAAGCCCGGGAUGCCAUCCAGAGCAUGAUUAGAUCCCUGGAGGAUAUCUGGGAACUUCGAGAGGCACUAGGGCGGGAACGCAAGUAUGCAUCCGCCCAGACCACGCGCUUCCAGAAGGGUUUUGACAAGUUGCUGCUUGGCAUGCUGUCAGAAAACUCGUAGGCACAGGUGCGGACUGUUCGAUUGACCUUGCAUGGGUCAUACAGAGCCCUCGGCACCCCAGCAGGAAGGGCUCGAUCACACUUUCCCUUGCA